CUCUCCGGUCACCGUCUACAUUCUAGACGAAAAUCUGGCCGACGGAGCGAUGGCGUUCCAACGAGUGAACAUGACAUACACCGGAGAGCCAGCAACCACCGUUCUUGUGACCUCGGAGACGACCUGUGCAAUUGAAUGUAGGUCGGCAGAGUCGGGUGCGUGUGAAGGGUUCACGUACCACGCGAAUGGUACCUGCGAGCUGUACAACACUGGAGCGACACUGCAAGCAGGAGCAGCUACCGCGGGGCGACAAACCUUCCGAAAAAUACAUCUGAUUGCAGACGACUCCACCGUGCCAUGCGCCUGUCCGGUCGGCUUCAGCCACUGUGCCGGCCGCUGUCUGAUCCGACCCCCUCAGGAGCUCACCUUCACCGAAGCUAAAGCCGCCUGCGUCUCGCUGGGCGCCCACCUGGCCGUGCCCCGCUCUGCAGAGGAGAACCAGUGCGUUCUGACCAUGGCGGCUGGAGCUGACGCCUGGAUCGGACUGUCGGAGCAUGGCGAGGACGGAGUGUUCGUGGCAGAGGACGGAGGAGAGCCCGUGUUCAACAAUGCUUCGUUCUGGGCUAGUACAGAGCCCAAUGAUGACAUAGCGUAUAACUGCGUGCAGAUGUAUAUUGAUUCUCAGGGCUGGGAUGAUACCGAGUGCGGCUACCCCCAGGGAUAUGUGUGUCAGUCAUGGAACAAACCCCUAUGUGGCUAACCGUGGCCAUUUGACUACUGUAUCCUCGGCGUCAUAACGUCACAGUUUAGGCAUAGUGUAGCCAGGCCUUUACACUGUUAACACACAUCCUUAUAGCGUCACAAGUACGUAAGAAAAUUUUGGGGGUGCUCAAGAGAGAUGGAAACGAAAUGUGAUGCAUUUUAUCUGUUGUGAGUGAGUAACGGGGAGACCGACUGACCGGCGGCCAAUGGGACGGCCUGGCCUGCCGGGUGUCAGUGUAGCGUCUCGCUCUGUGGGGAGUCUGUCCCGGGCCGGCGCGGCGGUGGCGUGUCUCGCUGUGGGGUCUGUCAGAGCGGCCGUGCCCCCCUCACCGCCCUCCGGCCGAGACGGGUCCGUCUGGCUAGAGGUUGGGAGCGGUGUGCACGUGGAGUGAAUACGCUGAUAACUACACUGUCCUAUGUAGAAAAUAUACAGGUUCAGUUGAUGUUAAUUUGUGAUUUUACUAGGGCGCGUAGACCUCUUCAGAGGUCAUUGACGGCCAAAAAGUCAAACUA